AUGGGCAAUAAUGGAAGUUCACUUUCCGAUUUGAACCUAUUCUCGAAAGGAGCUGUUUUUAGUAGAGAGCAAUUAGACGAGUACCAGGACUGCACGUUUUUUACCAGAAAGGACAUAAUUCGCCUCUAUAAACGAUUUUAUGGGUUGAAUCCUCAAAAAGUACCAACGAAUAUGCAAGGCACACGUCCUGCGAUUGUAACGUUGACGUUUGAGGAAAUAGAGAAAAUGCCGGAAUUGAGGGAAAACCCAUUUCGCCGACGAAUCUGUGAAGUAUUUUCGGAAGACGGUAGAGGCAACCUAACAUUUGAUGAUUUCUUGGAUAUGUUUUCCGUAUUCUCCGAAAUGGCGCCCUUACAGCUGAAAUUGAAUUAUGCAUUUCGAAUUUACGACUUCGAUGGAGAUGAUCACCUUGGGCAUGAUGAUUUGAGUAAAAUGAUUCGAAGUUUGACGAGAGAUGAGCUGACUGAUGAAGAAGUAGAAUUCAUAAUUGAAAGGAUCAUCGAAGAAGCCGAUCUCGACGGUGAUGAUCGAAUCAACUACGCCGAAUUCGAGCACGUCGUCUCGCGAUCGCCCGAUUUCAUUCGAACAUUCCAU